GGUUGAGUUACUGUGAGUGAAUGUGCGUCGCGCAGAUUACAAAGAGGAAUCCACGGACCGAGAGCGCGCGGCGGCGCCCCGCAACCCGCGACACAAUGGUGCAGACCGUACAGCCGCAAUCACACAUUGGAGUACAGUUUGUCCGGACCGAAGUGAACUGAAUUAUGCCCAGCGCCGAGAGAACUUUACCUGAACUCAAGAGGAACUCUUUCUUACAUUGCGAAAUGGCGGAGAAAGGUUGUGAUGUGAUCACCCUCAGCGUGCCAAUGGUCAUGCGUAGAGGAGGUUCAGAGACCUGUUUAGAUCUGGAUUCUGAUCUGGUGGUACGGGACACCCCACGAUCACGUACUGGUCUGGACACCCUGCAGCAGAAAGUGCUAAAAGUGAAAGAGCAGCUGAGAAUUGAGCAAAAUUUACAGGAUGAGAACGUGGCUGAGUAUCUCAAACUCAUUAACAGUGCCGACAAGCAGCAGAGCAGUCGUAUCAAACAGGUGUUUGAGAAAAAGAACCAGAAAACGGCACACAAUAUCAUUCAGCUUCAGAAGAAGCUAGAGCAGUAUCAACGCAAGAUGAAGGAGUGUGACCUCUCAAAUGGGACAAAACACACGCCGCCACACUCCAAAGAAAAUGAGCUGCACAAAUACAACCUCAAGGAAAGUGUAGUCACUGGAAGUGGGCGCCACCCACAUUUGGACAAAGCCAAAACGAUUGGCCCGGGAGUUUCACUGUCGCCACCGUUCUUCUUCAGCAAAUCCAGAGAGAUUGCAAAUCUCAUUCGCAACAAGUUUGGUAGCGCGGACAACAUUGCACACCUGAAGAGCACCAUGGAGACGGGAAGUGGGUUGCAGGCAGAAGGGGGAGCCCGAAAUCUGAGCGGCAGCGCCACAAUAAGCUCUAAACCCAAAUACCCAAGCGAUGACGAGUGCUCCACAGAGACGUCAGUGUCGAUUGAGAGUAACGGUCAUGUGACUGGAUCAGGUGUGACGGGGCAGCACUGUGUGUCUGGGAGAGAAGGAGGCCACGGGGAAAACAGCAGCCGGAUGGUGGAAGCUUGGGAGGAGAUCAGGGAGUUGAGAGAGAAUCAGACUCUGCUUGCAGAAGACAUUGAGACUCUGAAGACCCAGUUUAAAUGUGAAUUUGAGAAUAUUACACAAACACUACAAGAGGAGCGGUACAGGUGUGAGCGGUUGGAGGACCAGCUGAAUGACCUCACAGAGCUUCAUCAGAACGAGACCGCAAACCUCAAACAAGAACUAGCCAGCAUUGAAGAGAAAAUGGCCUAUCAGGCUUGUGAACGAGCACGAGAUAUACAGGAUGCUUUAGAAGUUUGUCAGACGCGAGUGAGUAAGCUGGAGUUACAGCAACAGCAACAGCAGGUCUUGCAGUUGGAAAGUGCUGACGCCAAAGUGCUGCUGGGAAAAUGCAUCAACAUCAUGUUGGCCAUCGUCACCGUGAUCCUAGUCUGCGUCUCCACUGCUGCUAAGUUUUCCGCUCCGCUGAUGCGGAGUCGGCUACAUAUGUUUGGGACUUUUGUAUGUGUGUGUCUACUGGUGUAUAGCUGGAGCAACUGGGAGCAUUUGCAGUGUGCAAUAGAACGGAUGCUGCUGCCCAGAUGAGGGACAUGAAACAUGCGCCUGCAUGCGCGUUCAGUGAUGUUCUUGUCAGAUAAAGUGCUCCUCCUGGGAUAUUCCCGUUAUAAUGUGACUGUCCCAAGAUGAUGGCUUUACCACUUUCUCUCUUUUUUUUUUUUUUGGUCUGUUGUGUUUAUGUGAAAGAGUAUUCAUGAUGUACUGUAGAAACGGGUCCAUCUCUAUAACUGUGUUGUGUUAUUUCAAAUAGCUUUUGUUAGCUGUCUUAAAAGUAAAGGUUAACAACCUUUUUACAUGCUUCAUGUGCUUUUCUUUUAGGUGGAGAUGGCUCACAAAAACACAUCUUGGUAAUAUUUCAUUCCACAAUCAUAAGAAAAAACAUAUUUUGCAUAAAGAAAAUGAAGACUAAUUAGAGACCAUAGUGUUUUUGUAUUUUAUUUUAUUAUUUUUUUUUUUUCGUAUUGUGACAUUAUUGUCAUUACAUAUUUUCUCAUGGGUGUUUUACUUUUGAGUAAUUUUCUCAAUUAUUUUUAUUUUCUUUAUUCUUGAUUUACUCUCGAUAGUUCCUAUUACUGUGAUGCAUUGGAUUCUAUUAGGAAACAAUUUAUGAUAAUUUUAAUAAGUAACUUUCUUUCUUUCUUUAAUUGCAGUAAUGAGAAUGUUUGGGAGAUUAUCAUACUGUUAGAAUGACAAAAAAAGAAAAAAAAAGUAAUGGUCUUAAAAAAAUGCUCGAUUUUCUUUAUGCACUAAAAUGUGUACCUGAUUUUAAAUUUUGAGUGAGAUGCAAACAACUACGUUUUAGACAUGCUUUGUAAGUUUCAUCCGUUUACUGUGUGUUUUUAUUUUUUUUUUUAGCAUUAUUUGUACUAAUGAAAUGGCCUGAAGUUCUUUUCACUGGCACUUUAAACACAGCACCCAGGUUUAUGAGAAUCUGUGUGUUUUUAAUUUUAUUUUGUAUUCUUUAGUCUGAGCAGUGCUGCUCUGUACUGACCACAAAAGAUGGAAACACUGUCUUUUUGUUUAUUAUGCAUUAGAAAUGCCUUGGGGUUAUAGAAACUAGCACAUGAGAAGGAAACAAAUGUCUCUGUCAAGUUGAUGUAACAUUCUGAACUGUUCCUAAUGGAAGUUAGAAAGACUAUUUUUAUAUACAUGUUUCAUUUGCUUUAAUGAUUCCCACAAUGGAAACCGAUUUCAGCAUUAUUACCAUUGUUCCUUUGAGUGCAUGCCUACCUGUGGUUUUGACUGAAGAUUGUAUAAAGCCACAAAAUCUGAAUUUAGCCAUCAACCUGAACUAAAAUGUGGUGUUGUGGCCUUUUACCUGUAAGCAUGGGGAAAGUGAUUUUAUUUGUUUUAUACAUGCUUCAGUGUCCAUGUGGUAGGAGACUGUACAGGUCUUAAAUAUUAUCUAAAUUUAACAAUAAACGGCCUCAUUUUUACUGAAA